AUGCUCCAGGAGCUGUGCACGUCCAUGAAAGCCGACUUCCAAAUGGCGGUCUCAGAUAUCCGCAAAGACAUGCUCGAAGUGGGCACACAUGUGAACGCCCUAGAGAAGAAGACAGACAACCUUUUCCUCGCGAAUGAUGCAAUAGCAGAGAAAAUUCAGAAGAUGGAAGCAGAUAAUAAACGCCUUCUGGAAAAGGUGGCAGACCUGGAAGAUUGCUCCUGUCGCAACAACAUCCGCGUGCACAGGGUCCCGGAAACAAUAACACAUGAGGAGUUGCCAUUCUACUUUUAA